AACAGAUGGACGUUAAACGCAAAUCCCUACUGCAUUGCGGUGUGCAGACUUUGCCAAUGGAGAAUUUGUUUUAAAAAUGCACCCAAUAAGAAAACACUAAGAAAGUUUCUGGAUUCUGGAUUUCCACUUCAUAAUGAACAAUUUGUGUCAUCUGUGGGUUUGGAUUUUAGCCCAGCUGUAUAAGUUUGUUAAAAGAAGGCUAAUUCUUGUUGGUUUUGGAUUAUUAGCAAGUUUUACACUAUUAACCAUUUUAUUGAAAUGGAGCUUCACAUGCUCUAAUAUUCAGCCAGAAAAAUACGUGAAAAGCAUUUGUACUGAUUACGACAGUGGAACCUCCAUUGGAAACCUUUGUGAUGAACUUUGUAAUCCUGACGGGUUAUCCUCAAUUUCCUGCCACAAUUUCCACAGCAGCAAAGAGACAAUGUUCUCAGGUAUCCAUGGCAACCACAGUGUGGUGUUCAAGUUGCCUAGAAAAAUAUCAAACUACGAAGUACUGCACUGGUUAGACAACUCAAGUAAAAAGAUUUAUCCUUCCGAAGUAGAUUUUACAAAUAUGAUUGUAACAAAUGUAAAGCUUAAAUUCAAUAUUUUCUUAAACAAUAUUGAUGCUAAGAGAAUGUCAUUUAUUAAUUAUUCAUUGAAUCAUCAUAGGGAAAUUGAAAUGGAAAAUGUAUGGACUUUAUUGCAAGACAAUGAGUAUCUUGCUUUGUUGUUGUAUGAAAAAUAUGAUAUUUUCCCUCACUUAGAGGGAUCAUGUGGCUCGUUGUAUGCUGUUCAGAAACUGAAUACAAUAUCAAGGUACUGGCAUCUGAUAACAGUUUAUGAUAGUAAGAGCGAGUGGAUGAAGAGAGUCAAGCUGUCGGUGAUGAUACUAGAUUUCUUACUGCGUUUAGACCAUGCUCUGCCAGAGCCGCUUCAUAUCUGUGAUAUAAAGAUGGACCAUUUUGGAGUCACAAAUGAUUUCAAGAAAAUCAAAUACAUAGAUCUGGACUCUGUUCACCCUCUCAGUGUAACAAACAAGCUUACUGCCGAUGGGUCAAAUUGCAAGCAGCACAGUGAUUGUGAUUUUAAAGACUGCCGAUCUUUUUGUAACCUGAUGACGUUUAAAUGUCAACAUGGGGUGGCUAACAAUAACUUGCAGAUUGUGUGCGAGAAGAUAUUUUUGGGCUGGGUGUUGUCUGGUCGGGUGAUGGUGCCAGGGUUACUACUCGGGCCGUGGUCUCCUCGCGUCCUUAUCGACGUGCUGGAGCUCUGCGCCAACCCUGACGUUGAAUCAGGUACACCAAGGGCACCGGCUUCAAAAGAAAUUAGGAACAGACUUCACAAACUGCUCUCUCAUUUAUCUUUAUCUUAAAAAAAUUAAUGCACUGUGAUAAAUAAUUACCUUAUUAGAUGUAGGUGUUAACAUUUUCUAGUCACAAUUUUUAAAGUUACUUAUUGUUUAAGUAGUUUUUAACAGUAUCAGAACUUGCAAUACGGAGUGACAAUAAUGUUGCACCAAAUUGUGAUAGUUAGCUUUUAGAAUUAAUAGAUAAGUAGAAAAAAAAUUGUUUCUCAUGUGCCUUUAAAUGAGAUUUAAAAAGGUGGUUACAUCUAGUAAAUUUUAAUCUAAUGUUUCCGGUAUAUACUUCUAAAAUUAAUCAGAUUGCCAAAUAUAGUUCUUCCUUACAUAAUAAAACAUCCAACUAGUU